CAGAACUUUGGCAUCGUUGAGGAAGGCUUAUAUCGAUGUGGGCAACCGAACGAACUAAACUUUCCUUUCAUGGAGAAACUCAAGUUGAAAAGAGUCAUCUUCCUGGCACCCGAGGAACCACACAGAGAAUUCACUAGUGCUAAUGCAACAAUUCUGGUGAGACACAAAGUUGAGAGCAUCUACAUGAACAAUCGUAUUGUCUGGGUUAUACCAUUGAGCACUAAGAUGUCAAUCGAGAGCAAUGGAGAAUUCGUCAGAGAUAGGCUGAACUUCGUGGAUGAUCAUGAUAUCGAACUAUUGCAUCUGGGAAAGAGUAGUCAUCAUAGACACGCGUGGACACCGAUUGAAGAAGAGACAGUGGUGGAUACCAUGCGCUUAGCACUCGAUCCUAAGCUCAAUUACCCGCUCAUGAUUAUGUGCAAUCUAGGGAGGCAUCGUACAGGUACCUUUAUUGGAUGCCUGCGCAAACUGCAGAGGUGGAAUUUAACAAGCAUAUUCGAGGAGUACAGGAGAUAUGCAGGAUCGAAAGUGCGUCUGAUGAAUGAACAAUUCAUAGAGUUCUUCGAUACGGAUUUGAUCAGCAUCCCCGUCGAGCACCCGAACUGGUUGUGUGGGUGUCGUGCACACGCACAGCCAGAUAUACAAGCAGACAAGGCUCAGCGGUUCGUGAACUGCGAGACGGAUUGCCACCGCUAUCAUUCAUAGACAAAUGGUAUCAAUGACACUACUAUUAUAGACUUUACAUGGUUCGUAAACGAGCUCGGCGCAAAUCGUCGCAUUCAUGCGACCACACAUCUAGAACGGUUUCGAAUUACAGGCUUGAUAGAAUGCACUUAAUCAAUGCAAGUCUAGGGUAACACCCAGUCUGGUGGUCGGUAGCCCAUAUACGAGCGCUGGGCGAUUGUUUUGAGCACUUUGAUGCACGAAGCUUUUGAGUAUAACAUGUACUCGUCGGAAAAAUUGUUACUACCUUUCAUUUGUAUGCUUGCUAUUUUUAUCUGCUCGCACGAUAUGGCCACAGGAGGUGCAUAGAAUUCGCGCGUAUGAUUCUUGAUGUGUAACAUGAAGUGCCACGGCUUCAUGCUUGGGAGUCAAUAGACCUAAGCUUAUAUAGGCUAUACUGCCUAGGGUUGGGCUCCAAAUGGCUAGGUCAGAUAAUACUAUCGGUAUAAUUAAUUCCUAAAAGCAAACACCAGCAUGUGAAGGCCGCAAGUACUGGGAACCCCUGCCCGCAAUGAAGCUCUGCUCUGCCUCAUUAUAUAGUUCAUGGCUAUUAUGUUUCACCCUAAAACAGGUACAAUAUAUUGUAUCCUCUUC